AUGCAGGACCAGGCGAGCGGGAGCGGCGCUGGCGGCAACGGGACUUCAAGCUACGCCGACUCCCUCACAUGGACCAGGGAAGCGGGAGCGGCGCUGGCGGCAACGGGACUUCAAGCUACGCCGACUCCCUCACAUGGACCAGGCGAGCGGGAGCGGCGCUGGCGGCAACGGGACUUCAAGCUACGCCGACUCCCUCACAUGGACCAGGCGAGCGGGAGCGGCGGGACUUCAAGCUACGCCGAACUCCCUUACAUGGACCAGGCGAGCGGGAGCGGCGCUGGCGGCAACGGGACUUCAAGCUACGCCGACUCCCUCACAUGGACCAGGGAAGCGGGAGCGGCGCUGGCGGCAACGGGACUUCAAGCUACGCCGACUCCCUCACAUGGACCAGGGGAGCGGGAGCGGCGCUGGCGGCAACGGGACUUCAAGCUACGCCGACUCCCUCACAUGGACCAGGGGAGCGGGAGCAGCGGGACUUCAAGUUACGCCGAACUCCCUUACAUGGACCAAGGGAGCGAGAGCGGCGCUGGCGGAAACGGGACUUCAAGCUACGCCGGACUCCCUGACAUGGUGAGCGGGAGCGGCGCUGGCGGCAACGGGACUUCAAGCUACGCCGAACUCCCUUACAUGGACGACCGGGAGCGGGAGCAAACGGCGCUGGCGGCGGCGACAAGGGAGCGCUUAAUGCGCUGCCUGUUGCGCUACCUAUUGCGCAACCUAUUGCGCUACCUAGUAAUGCGCUACUGCUACAUACUUCUGGCGGCCGUCGCGGGGACACGGACGGUUUCGCCGAGAUCGCACGUGGGCUUCGCUGGCGUCGCCGUUGUCGUCGCAGCGGGGCUGCCGUCGCAAAGCAGCGCGUUCGAGUGCGACGAGUCGCAGACCGCCAGCAUAUGCCUCCCUUUCCGCCAGCAUAUGCCCCCCUUUCCGCCAGCAUAUACCUCCCCCCACUGCGUCAUGCGCGCGGUACCUCGCAAUGGGGAAUCUCUGGGAGCAGCUGAGCAAGGCGCGCCUCCACCUGGGCGCACGCUCGUGCUGCCACGUGUCCGCAGCAGCCGCAUCAGCGGCAACAACCUGCCACUCCCCUCCCAGCUCACAUCGUCCCAUGCUCCUCUUCCCUCCGCGCUUCAUCACAUUCAUCUGCCCCUCACGCCAUCCCGUGCCAGUCUCCCCUUGCCUUUCCUCAUCACCUUUCCCCCUCAUUUCGCUCCGCGGCGUACCGACACCCCACAGCACCCCUCUCCACCCCUCGGUCUCUCCAGUCUCUCUGCAUAUUCGCUUCUCGUGCCUCUCUCUGGUCUGUUCCCCUCCCAAGCUCGUUCAUGCUGUGCCAAGAAUCUUCUCCCAGAGACUCGGUGUGUUGGGGGGGUGGUGCUUGAUGCUGGUGACUCUCUGAGCAGCAUAGCGGUCAUCACUGGUAGAGGCAAGCACAGCGCUUCUGGGCAAGCCAGAAUUAAACCUCCGGUGCACUGGUACUUGCAGGAGAGAAGAGUGGGGUGGCAAGAGCAGAACACAGGCAUCAUAACAGGCCCUAUUUGUAGAUGA